AUGGCCAUGCUGAUGAUGGAAAACUCGGAGCCGGCAAUGCAACUAGAGAACCAGCUGUUUGCAUUACCGGCCACUCUAACGGAUCGGUGGCGCACUGAGCACGAAAAGCUCAAUCCCACGACCAUCUUAACGGACAACGGAUCGGCCGGCGACAUUAAUUUUUUCAUUCCACCCAGCACAUCUGGACUACUCAGUUUAGCGGACAUGAUCCUGGAACUGGAAGUGGGUAUUAAAGUCCGCAAGAGCACUGGGGAAUGGGAACUGAUUACAACGGCUGAUGGUGUGGCACCGGUCAACAACAUUCUGCACUCACUGUUCUCUUCAUGUCAUGUGACGGUGGCCAACCGGUUGAUCUCGGAUGCCGCCACCUUUUAUCCGUACCGCGCCUACCUGGAAUCUCUUCUGUCCCACUCUCUUGACGCCCAACAAAGCCAACUGACAUCUGCCGGUUUCUAUUACGACUCUCCGGGCUCCUUCAACAGUGAAACCGCAAACAAUGGUGAAAAAAUCGAACGGCGUUAUUUAAUACUGGACAGUACUCGACCGGAGUUUGCCUUACGUGUAUGGGACACGGAUACCACCAAGAUAUUUAAACCGUUUAUCCGUAACGCGCGUCUUUCGGUUCGCCGAUACAUUCCGUCUCCGGACUUUCUGACCGCCGUAGCCGGAGAACUCAUAAAAAAAACGGUCAAGUACCAUAUCGAACGCGUGGUGAUGCGCGUAUCGGACAUUCCCCAACGAACACAAAGCACCGUGGUCAGCAAUUUGCAGAUUGGCCAAAUCCCCAAAGUCAUCUUUAUUGGUUUUGUGGACAGCGAAGACUUUCACGGAUCGCAAAAGAAAAAUCCUUUCAACUUUCAACACUUCAAUAUUUCACAAAUCAGCGUCGAAGUGGACGGUCAGAGUUACCCCACAAAACCGUACACUGCCGAUUUCGAUCACAAAUUGUCUCUGGAGUGCUACGACGGGCUUUUGGACACUCUGGGACACCGACCCAGCCUGCAAGGCGGCCUGCCUUUCAACCGGACCCAGUAUAACGACGGGUAUACCAUUUUCGGUUUCGACCUGACUCCAGGACAUACCGGCCGUGGACCACUGACCCUGAUAAAGCAAAGAAACCUUAGUGUCUCCGUGUCUUUUGGGAAACCACUGAAAAGUACCAUUAUGAUGGUGUGUAUGCUGGUCUAUGACAGCAUUAUUGAAAUCAACCAGCACCGUCAACUGAUUGCGGACUUUACAACAUGA